AUGUUAAAGUUUUAUUUUCUACCGGAGGAAUUUAGAUAUUGUGAUUUUGAUUUUGAUCUGUGUACGUUCACUCAGUCCACGUCUGAUCAGCUUGAUUGGGAUCGUGACUAUGGUGACAACGUCAUCCCCGGCAACGGUCCGUCUGAGGAUCAUACCACGGGCACUGGUCUUGGUUAUUUUAUUUAUGUCAACCCUUCAAAUUCCCACACUGCGACCAGCAAGGCAGUACUCAACAGCCCAACAUACGACGCUUCAGCAACAGGUGAUUGCAUACAAUUCUGGUAUUACCUGACCGGUAGCAAAGAUGGUCAGAUCCAAGUGGUCCAGACGGGCAGUGGACCGGUCUGGACGAAGACCGGUGACCAGGGAGACUUCUGGAGACUUGGGUAUACCACGGUGAAAUCGGCAACAUCAAAGAUACAGUUUUCCAUCGAAGGAAUGCCUGGAAAAGGAAGUACCGGCGUUGUCGCUGUAGAUGACUUGGAAGUCGCUAUGGAGCCUUGUCCACCAGCAGGAUCUUGUGACUUUGAGAAGGGUCUUUGCAGCUGGUUGAACCAAGAUGGUACGGAUGAUUUUGAUUGGUCAAGAACAAACGGCAAGACCCCAAGUACAACUACAGGACCCUCUACUGAUCACACAACAGGAACUGCUGCAGGUUUCUACUUGUUUAUUGAAGCGUCUGAUCAUUACAAAGACAACAAAGCAAACCUUAUCAGUGAGCAUUUCGAUCCGACGGAUAAAGCCUGCUUCCAAUUCUGGUAUCACAUGUUUGGAAAAGGUAUCGGAGAGCUGGGUGUUUACCUCUGGAACACCGUGGCCGACUUUGGUGUCGAGAAACUCACAAUCAGUGGUAACCAAGGCGAUGAAUGGCACACAGCCCAGGUGGAUAUAGCCAGUAAACAGGUCUUCUAUUUAAUGAUCAGUGGCGUGAUUGGUCAGAACUACUCCAGCGAUGUCGCACUGGACGAUCUCCUGCUGCUACCGGGAGAGCAGUGUAUCAGAAACCAUCUUAACUGCACGUUUGAGAGUGACUUGUGUAGCUACAUUCAGGUACCUUCUCCAGAUGAUGAUUUUGAUUGGACGAGACAGUCUGGGGCAACCGGGAGUUACGACACUGGACCGGGUUAUGAUCACACCUUCGGUGAUGCAACAGGUUACUACUUGUACUUGGAGACAAGCUAUGCAGGCAAGGACCACAAAGCUCAACUGAUGUCAGCCGUCAACGAACCCACGACAAACACCGGAGGCCAGAUGUGUCUGACUUUCUGGUACCACAUGUAUGGCUUAUCCAUCAAUCGCCUCAAUGUGUACCUCAGACAAGGGCAGAAGGAUACAUUGAUAUGGACACGGUAUCAGACGCAGGGAAAUCUAUGGUUGAAAGCGCAGUAUAACGUCCAGUCGAUCAAGUCGUGGCAGGUUAUAUGGGAAGGUAUUGCUGGCACUUCAUAUACUGGUGAUAUAGCUCUUGAUGAUAUCUUAAUAUACUAUGGGGCGUGUCCGCCAACAAAGGAUUGUGAGUUUGAAACUGGGAUGUGUUCGUGGACUCAAGAUUCCAGAGAUGAUUUUGAUUGGUUGCUUGCUAGCGGGGACCAACCGUACGGUACUCAACCGUACUUGGAUCACACCACGGGAACCAGUGCAGGAAAAUAUGCCUUGGUAACGAUGGUCAAACCCAUAACCCAGGGUGACAAAGCACGCCUUCUCAGUCCUCAGUACUCGGACACAACGGGAGAGUGCGUCCGCUUCUGGUUUCAUAUGUUUGGCAAAGACGUUGGUACCCUGCGUGUCAUGGCACACGAUAUGCACACAGAUAAGGAUGGCAAUCCAACAUGGGAGCAGGCUGGUCACCAAGAGAACAUCUGGAGGUACGGUCAAGCCACUGUGUUUGCCGGUCAUCCCUUCAAGGUUGUCUUUGAAGCCGAGGCUGGAACUAACUCGAAAUCAGACAUCGCUAUCGAUGAUGUGAGCAUCGUCGGAGGAAAAUGCGCUCGGCAGGGUUUCUGUGACUUUGAGAACGAUCUUUGUGGCUGGGAUAACGUCGACACCGAGUCUCUGGACUGGCUUCUAUCCAGAGGAUCAACUCCAAGCAGCUACACUGGACCCUCAGUGGAUCAUACAACCAACUCUAAAUAUGGUUACUACAUCUUUGUCGAGAUGAGUACAGCAUUCUAUGGUCAGAAGGCGUGGCUCGUCAGUGAGUACCUCAAAGCCACCAAGGGAUCUUGCCUCAUCUUCUGGUUUCACAUGCUCGGAGCUCAUAUUGGAGACCUGAAAGUCCUUUAUCUGGACGACGCUGGGUUUACAACCACCCAGUUGACAAUCACUGGUGACCAAGGUGACAAGUGGCGUCAGGGUCAACUUGAGAUGAUCAAUGACAAAGACUAUCAGAUAAUCUUUGAAGCGACAUACAACGGCUGGCAGGGUGAUAUUGCUCUUGAUGAUAUCGAUAUAGAGCCUGUUUCAUGCUUCGAUGGACUCCCUCCACCCUCAACAGUUGCUCCAUUGAUGGACUGCACAUUUGAGACGGAUCUCUGUGGCUUUGUACAGAUGAACGAUGAUAACAUGGACUGGACCAGACACAUUGGAACUACCUCAAGCGAUUACACAGGCCCGGCUCAUGACCACACUACAGGAUCAGGUUACUACAUCUAUCUUGAGACAUCGUACCCAAACUACAAAGGUGACAAAGCUCGCAUCCUAGCCCCCGGUCAGAACCCGACGGAGGGCCGCUGUCUACAGUUCUGGUACCACAUGUACGGACCAAACGUCGAUCGCUUAAACGUCUACUUGCGAGACGACCAGAAUAAGGACAAUUUGAUUUUCACAAAGUAUGGCUCGCAGGGUAACCAGUGGAUACGUGGACAGAAGGAGAUUAAAUCGGAUACGUUGUGGUCGGUUGUCUUUGAGUCUGUGGUUGGAUCAAGCUACUAUGGAGACAUAGCCCUCGAUGAUAUAUCGCUAGAUACUAAACCAUGUCAAGAUUCAACCGUGUGUGACUUUGAGAUUGACUGGUGUGGUUGGACACACGACCCGACGGGAGAUUUUGAAUGGAAACGUGACUUUGGUGGUACACCCUCGUACGGUACUGGACCAACAAAAGAUCAUUCAACUGGAACUAACCUGGGAUACUAUGCUUUCAUUGAGACGUCAUCACCAAGAGUAAAAGGCGACGUUGCCCGUAUCUUCAGCCCGGUCUUCGACGAUACUUACGGAGAAUGUCUUCAUAUGUGGUACCACAUGAACGGUCAAACCAUCGGACAGCUCAGCGUCUACGGCUAUGAUACUGUGACUCAAAUCAAGACGGCAGCUCUCUUCUCACUCUCAGGGGACCAGCGUAAUGAAUGGCGUUUCAUACAGCUAACCUUCAAGGCAGCGCAUGAUUACCAGAUCAUCGUUGAGGGUGUCUGUGGCGCAGACUACCAGGGAGAUAUCGCUAUUGAUGACGUCUUGUUGACCACUGGUUCCUGUCCUAAAGCUGGUCUGUGUGAUUUUGAGCUGGAUAUGUGUGGGUGGUCCAACGACAAAUCGACCGACGAUUGGGACUGGCUCCGGACUAAGGGAGCAACUACAAGUUACUACACGGGUCCGACUACAGACCACACGACAAACUCAGACAGUGGUUUUUACAUCUACUACGAGACGUCCUUCUCCGGAAUGACGAAUGGAGACACGACUAUCUUGACGAGUCAGCACCUUGAUCCAACGGCUGGUUCCUGCCUCUCCUUCUGGUAUCAUAUGUACGGCAAAGGCAUCGGCACUCUGACCGUCUACCUUAAAGACAAGAAAAAUGCCAAGACUCAGUUGUGGUCUGAGUCGGGUGACCAUGGCAACGUCUGGCUGACCAAACAGAUAACCGUCACAAGCACAGAAGAAUUCCAGAUUUUGUUCCAAGGAACCUACGUGAAUGAUUACCGAGGUGAUAUGGCAUUAGAUGAUCUGGAUAUUGAGCCGUCAGCUUGCAUUAUAAUCCCAACUCCACCACCAACAACCCCAGGGCCUCCCACUCAUGCCCCAAGUGUGUACGACUGUGACUUUGAGCAAGACUUAUGCAAGUGGGCUCAGAUCACAAACAAUGACAACUUUGACUGGACUCGAGACAAAGGGGGUACGUCGUCUAGUGACACUGGACCAUCCAAGGAUCACACCACAAAUAGUGAGAACGGCUACUACAUCUACAUUGAGGCGUCGGGGCAGAGCUCGGGCGACGUGGCACAACUCCUCUCCCCCGACAUGGUCUCUGCGGACCUCGGUAAAUGCGUCGCAUUCUGGUACCACAUGUACGGUCCCAACAUCGACACGCUAAAUGUGUGGCAACGCGACAACAGUAAGGACACACUUCAGUGGACGCGCAAGGGUGAUCAGGGGCCGGAAUGGAAGUAUGGUCAAGUCUGGAUGAAAGGCACUUUUGCUGUGGUGUUUGAGGGUGUGAGAGGUAACUCAUGGUCUGGGGAUAUCGCUCUGGAUGACCUCGCUAUUUACAACGGGGACUGCCCACCUCUAUACACGUGUGAUUUUGAGCAUGGUGACUGCGGCUACUCCCAGGAUCAAACCGAUGACUUUGAUUGGCAGAUUGGAAGCGGAUUCACAGAUACCACUGGGACUGGUCCAUCGACUGACCAUACAUACGGCACAUUACAAGGCCAUUACAUGUACAUCGACGUAACGGGGCAGAACAAUAAAGACGUCGCCCGUAUGCGCUCCAAAGAAUACCCAGCGACGUUUGGGACAUGCAUGAAGUUCUGGUAUUACAUGGUUGGACAAGACAUCAAUGCCAUGAAGAUUUACAUCGAGGUCAAAGGUAGCAUGGGGACACCAGUCUGGACCAGGUAUUACAGCAACUUUGCUUAUUGGAUGGUCAGUGAAGUGUCUAUCCAAUCAGCUUAUCCCUACAGGAUUGUGUUUGAAGGCUUAUCCGGUUCCGGCCCCAAAGGAGACAUCGCCAUCGAUGACAUCGAUCUCACCGGUACCCAGUGCAACCGGCUCGCGGCCUGCGACUUCGAGAAAGACUACUGUACCUACAUGAACAUUCCAAACGACGAUUUCGAUUGGACGAGAAACAACGGUCAGACGAGCAGUUACUACACAGGACCGGACACCGACCACACCCUGGGGAAUCAGUACGGGUAUUACGCGUUUAUCGAGACGUCGAGUCCGCGAGUGAAAGGGGAUUAUGCGUACCUUAUAUCGGAGACGCUAUCGAGAGAUGACAGGUGCCUAAGCUUCUGGUAUCACAUGUAUGGUGACCAUAUUGGUUCACUUAAUGUUUGGCAACAAAGCGACGUCCUUCAUCCCGCGUUCUGGACAAAAAUCUUCUCAGAAGACAAGUCACAAGGAAACUUCUGGCAGCAGGGAUUGGUGGAUGUAGCCAAACCCAACACUGUCUAUGAGAUCGUCUUUGAAGGCAUCCAGGGAUCCAGUUACCAAGGUGAUAUAGCCAUUGAUGACAUCAUGAUGUAUCCUGGUCUAUGCACCCCACCCACACCGCCCCCGGCAUGCCAGUUUAUCUGCAAGAACGGCAAAUGCUUGACGGACAAGACUCAGAUUUGUAACUUCAUUGACGAGUGCGGCGACCAAUCAGAUGAAAAGGAUUGUGGAUCUUGUGUUUUUGAGAAUGGAGUCUGUGGUUGGAACGAUGAGAGUCUUGGAUCCUACAAGUGGGAGCUCGGUUCUGGAGCCACUCCGUCGGCAAACACGGGUCCCUCCAAGGAUCACACCCUUAACAAUGCUGCAGGUCAUUACAUGUUUGUGAACGCCAACUCUGGAUCCAGCUACAGCCAGGCUACUCUAGUGUCACCAACUCUCAACCAAGCAUCCUCUACAUGUCUGCUAACGUUCUGGUACCACAUGUAUGGAAAAGACAUUGGGUCUCUCGAGGUGUACAUGUCAACUGGGCCGACUAGGACAAGUCUAGUGUACUUUAAUCGUGCCAGGCCAGACCAAUGGAACAAUCUACAGUAUGGACUGGGGAGGGUCACUCAACCAUUCACAAUUACAUUUGAAGCCACCAGAUCCUUCACUGUCCUUGGUGAUAUUGCUCUGGAUGACAUCUCCUUCACUGGCUGCAAUCUUCCAGCUGCCUCAACUACACCGUGUGGAUCCGAUCAGUUCACUUGUACCCGUGGCAACUGUGUGGACAACAAUCGUCUCUGUGACCUCACUGAUGACUGUGGAGACUACAGUGAUGAACAAUCUUGCGACAACUACCACAUUUGUGAUUUUGAGAAUGCCUUGUGUGGCUGGAAUCAGCUGGACAUUGAUGAGUUGGAUUGGAGGCUUGGACAAGGCCAGACUCGGACACCCUGGACUGGACCCGCUAGAGACCACACCACUGGACUCUCUACUGGAACCUAUCUUUAUUUGGAAUCCUCAUCAACCAAGGAGGACGAUCGUGCCAUCCUCUCCAGCAGCUUCAACAUCCAAGCCGACACCACCUCCAACUGCAAGAUCCGUUUCUACUACCACAUGUACGGCAUCGACACCGGUACUCUGAAUGUCUACAUCUGGGAUACCAUCUACGGCACCAUGCAGAAUGUGUGGAGCAUGUCCGGGUACCAGGGAGACUUCUACGAGAGGGCCGAGGUCACGCUGGGAUGGGACAAGAACUUCCAGGUAUUAAUCGAAGCGACUGCAGGUGAUGGACCUUACGGCGACAUUGCCAUCGACGAUAUCUCUUUCUCAACAGCCUGUAAGGAAUACACCGGUAGCCUGCCGACCAACCCUAAACCAACUGCUAUACCCAAACCAGUCGACCCAUGCCCGGGUGGUCAGUUUGCUUGUACGGACGGUACUUGCAUUAACCCACUCUUAGUGUGCGACGGAAAUAACGACUGCGCUGAUCAGUCCGACGAAGCGAAUUGCGGCAACUGUGAUUUUGAAAAAGACGAGUGUGGUUGGACUGGAAUGACGGCAGGUCUCUAUCAAUGGGAAAGAAGACUGUCCUCCGAUACUUCCAAACCUCACGCUCCAAACACUGACCAUACCUCUGGUACUGGAGCGUACAUGUUUGUAGACAGUACAACCGGAACGUUCUUAACUACGGCAAUCUUACAGAGUCCGUUGCUUGGUGAUCUUGGAUCAAAGUGUGAGUUGAACUUCUGGUAUCAUUUCCAAGGAGGGAAUGAUCCUGGAUCGUUGGUCGCCACCAUUUAUCAGAACUCUGUCCCUGACGGCAGCACGGUCAUCAAAUCAGCCUCAGCAGAUCAGUGGAAGUCUGGCAAACUGAAGGUUGGACCUCGAGUCGCAAACACUUUCACGAUUCGUUUUGAGGCAUCCCCCGGAUCCAGCUUCUUGGAUCCCAAGCAGCUGACAAACAUUGCCAUUGAUGACACCACCUUUGACAAGUGCGGCAAAGAUUCAGAUUUGAACUGUGACUUUGAAGGGAAUACUAUCUGUGGAUGGCAGCAUGACCAAGUCGCUGACUUCAAGUGGUCAGUUCAGAAAGGAAGUACAGGCUCAUCUGGAACUGGACCCCAGUUUGAUCACACUCUAGGCACAGGUAAAGGCUACUACAUGUUCAUUGAGGCAUCUUCCCCACGGACACAGGGUGACAAGGCAAGACUAAUGUCAGGAGACAUCGCACCAAGCUCAGAGUACUGUGUGGAGUUCUGGUAUCACAUGUUCGGUCCAGACAUUGCUGACUUGAAUGUGUACUUGAUGAGUAGUGAUGACAAGGCUUAUACGUUGAUGUACAAGAAGUCAGGAACCCAGUCCAAUGUUUGGCAUCUCGCUCGUGACUACAUGACAAGUAACAAGACCUACCAGGUGGUCUUUGAAGGGGUCGUAGGUCGUUCAUAUGGUGGUGACAUCGCUGUUGAUGAUAUAAAGUUAACACCUGGACAGUGUCCUCCUGCACAUGAGUGUACUUUUGAGUAUGACAUGUGUGCGUGGGAGAAUGACCAGAAGGACACGGCUGGCUUCGAUUGGAAGAGAGGAAGACACGGUGACAAGGACGCUGGCACUGGACCCGCUGUAGACCACACCUACUCAACAUCAUUAGGUUACUUCGUGUACGCCAACGUCUUAGUCUCGUCAAAGCGACAGACAGGUGACGACGCUCGUCUCCUCAGCGCCGUCUACGAUCCCGGCGCCGAUCGCUGCCUGACAUUCUGGUACCACAUGAGCGGUGACGAUAUCGGAUCACUCAGUGUCUACAAGAAGGAUGAGGGCGACACGUUCGUGACGUCGAGUUGGUCGCGUAAGGGGAACCAAGGCGAUAUGUGGAGAGUGGCGAGAGUGACCAUUGAUUCCAAUUCUCCGAAGAAGUUCAGACUUGUCUACGAAGCAGUCGUAGGGACCGCCACCUCUGGUGACAUAGCCAUUGACGACAUUGAUAUCACUGACGGCUCUUGCCCACCGACCGGUUUCUGCGAUUUUGAAAUCGACGAGUGUACAUGGACCAACUACAGGGGAACUGAGGAUGAUUUUGAUUGGCUGCGGAAUGCUGGAGGAACGCCGAGCUACGCGACUGGACCGUCUACUGAUCAUACGACUGGAACUGGAAGAGGUUUCUACAUCUUCCUGGAGACUUCAAGUCCGAGGGUCAACGGAGACAAAGCGUGGUUCGUCAGCGAGCACAUUGACCCCUCAGCAGGGCGCUGCUUAACCUUCUGGUACCACAUGUACGGCAGUACGGUCAACGCUUUGAAUGUCUACGUCCAGUCGGCUAAAGCGAGUAGUCUGUCCCAGGUCUGGACCCGGUCUGGAUCACAAGGAAACUACUGGCGUAUGGGUGAAGCUUCUCUGUCUUCUAACGACGAGUUCUGGGCCAUCUUUGAGGGAAUCGCUGGGACGGACUACCGGGGAGACAUUGCCAUCGAUGACGUGGAUCUAUGGUCUGGUCCUUGCCCUCCGACGAUGCCCCCUCCUACUACACCACCUCCACCUCCUGUUUAUCCUCCUAAUACCCAUGAUUGUGACUUUGAGAGCGGUCUCUGUGGAUGGAAGCAGAUGGCUACUCCUGAUGAUCAGUUUGAUUGGACUCGGACUACAGGCGCUACCGGUAGCACUGGUACAGGGCCUUCUGCGGAUCAUACUUAUGCGGAUUCCUCAGGUCACUACGUUUACAUCGAGGUCAGCAUACAAACAAAGGAUAAUGUCGCCAGAUUGAAGUCCGAGUAUUUCAAAGACGCUACGCAGUCGGGUUACUGUAUGGAGUUCUGGUACCACAUGUAUGGCGAGCACAUCGGUAGUUUGAAUAUCUACACCGAGACAUUUGAUGAUAGUAAAGAGACGCUGGUGUGGCAGAAGAUGGGAUCUUUCGGUCCGCAAUGGAACCAGGGACAGGUCCACUUCACGGAAACCAAACAAUAUCAGGUCCUUCUGGAAGGAACUGCUGGGCCGAGCUACAUGGGAGACAUUUCAAUCGAUGACAUCAAGUUCCAUACUGGAAUCUGUCCCCCUGGAGAGUUGUGCGACUUUGAAAAUGGCAUGUGUGGAUACACUCAAGACAAAACGGAGCAAUUUGAUUGGAAACUGCAUAAGGGUCACACACCUAGUUACGGAACGGGACCAUCACAUGAUCACACCUACCAGACGUCAGCUGGUCACUACAUGUAUGCUGAGAUGUCUUCACCCCAGGUCACUGGUGAUAAGACCAGGCUGGACAGUCCUAAGUACUCCAAAACACCGGGUCGCUGUCUUCAGUUCUGGUACUACAACUAUGGCUACAACAUCGGCACGUUGAAUGUGUACAAGAAAGCCAACGAUGUUUACAACCUCAUCUUCUCUAGAGACUAUGAUUCAUGGCAGGAGUGGCAUGUCGCUGAGGUCACCGUCGACUCUAUAUCAGCUUUCCAGAUAAUCUUUGAGGCGGUUCGGGGCACAAGUUGGCAAGGCGACAUCGCUAUCGACGACAUCCGACUGCGGGACGGCGCAUGCUUCCCGUUCGGCAGCUGCAACUUUGAAACCGGUGACCUUUGCACCUGGAAGAACGCAGAGUUUAACUUGGACAACUUUGAUUGGAUAAGGCAGAAGGGAGCUACGCUGUCGUAUCAGACUGGGCCGGAAACUGAUCACACAUUGGGCAGUGAAUAUGGAACCUACGUCUUCAUCGAAAGCUCCUCCCCUCGUAAAGAGGGCGACACCGCCUACCUCUUAUCGGCAUUCUUCGAACCCGAUGAGUACUGCUUUGAGUUCUGGUACCACAUGUACGGUGGAGAUAUCGGAACGCUCAGCGUGAAGAUCUGGCCGAGUCAGACCAUCUUCACAGCCUCCGGGGAUAAGGGUGACCAGUGGCGUCUUGCCAGGGUACAUGUCGUGCCGGACAGUAAAUUUCCAUUUGAGCUGAUGGUGUCGGGAGUGGUUGGUACGUCGCAUCAGGGAGAUAUUGCGCUGGAUGAUUUCGCCAUCUUGGACGGAAAAUGCCCAGAUCCUGUACCACCAUGUGUUACGCAGUGCGCCGACGAUCCUUCCAUGUGCGCUUCAGAUUCACAGACUUGUGACUUCAUCGACUACUGCAAAGAUGGAACAGACGAGAGUCAGUGUGGACACCAGUGCACAUUUGAGGCCGAUGAGUGUAACUGGAAGAACUACGGCAGCGGGUCCUAUGAUUGGGUGAGGCACAAAGGAGCAACGCCCAAUGAGAACACUGGACCAACGUACGAUCACACUACACUCACAGACAAAGGUUACUACAUGUACUGUGCGGCAAGCGCCAACACCGGCUCUGGGUGGGCGGAGUUUGAGAGCCCCACCCUUCACAACUCGGCCGCAAGCUGCCAGAUGCGUUUCUGGUUCCACAUGCAGGGACAAGACAUUGGGACUCUACAGGUGUACCUCGCUGAGUCGUACUACUUCUUAGUGCCGUUCAUUAUCUCUGGCGAUCAAGGGGACAGGUGGAAGGAAGGCAUUGCUCCCAUUGGGCGGAUCCAUGACUCAUUCUAUGUAAUCAUCGAAGCGUAUCGUAGCUUCACUGUGGAAGGAGAUAUCGCCAUUGAUGACAUCAGCUUUACUGGUUGCGGUAUCCCACAGCCAUCGCCUGGCAGUUGUAGAGACACUGAGUUCCGCUGUGCGAGCACGGCUUGUAUUGAUAACAGUCGUAUCUGUGACUUCAGCGAUGAUUGCGGAGAUCUCUCGGAUGAAACAUUGACUGUCUGCAAUUCUGACAGUGCACGUUACACCCGCUGCGACUUUGAAUCCAGCUUCUGUGAUUGGACGCCGGUUGAGAACAGUGCCUUUAAGUGGUCGAGGACCAGUGGAUCUACAGAUGAUGGAUACGCUACUGGACCACUGAGGGAUCACACAACCAAUACAAAUCAAGGAAGUUUCAUCUACAUUGAUUCCAGUUCGGCCAAGUUGAACGAUCGAGCUCGUUUGGCGUUCGCUCCUCUGCAGCCUGUACCAGCUGGUCAAACCUGUGAGCUUCGAUUGUGGUUCUACAUGUACGGUCAUGAUAUCAACACAGUACGUGUGAAAUCCUGGGCAGAGACAAACGGCAUUGAGACGACGCACUACACUCGCACUGGUCACUCCGGAGAUUACUGGGAAAGAAUUGAUGUCAAGUUCACAUUCACUACACCAUUCCAGGUGAUCUUAGAAGGAGUUGCAGGAGACGGUCCAUUUGGAGACAUUGCAAUUGAUGACACCUCUUUCACUCCGACUUGUAAACUGUUCACCGGAACCUUCCCGUCUAGGCCUUAUGUUCCAACAGCUGGUCCCUGUGGUGUCGAUAAAUGGCAGUGUACAUCACAGCCUGACGAUGACCAGUACUGUAUCCCUACUAGCAAACUCUGCGAUUGGGUCUCGGAUUGUCCGAAUGGAGAGGACGAGAAAGAUUGCGGUCCGUGUGACUUUGAAGACAAGAAGAAGUGUGGUUACAUGGAUGUCAGCUCCGGACUAUGGUCCUGGUGGAGACACAAGGGAUCUACUGGGGAAAUACCAGAGGCUGAUCACAAUGGUCAAACAGGAGUCUUCUUGAAGGUCGGAUACGGCAAUGGCAUCUUUAACAGUCCAGCCAUCAUUGAAAGUCCACUUCUUGGCCCCACCAGUGCCCAGUGCACACUGAAGUUCUGGUUUGUUGAUUAUAUGCUCUCUGGUGGUCAGUUGACGGUCAGAGCCCUUGACCCUGAGAAGCCAUCCGAUGCAGCCGAUCUAUGGUACCCCAUUGGGGAUGGGAAGGACACCAAAUGGAUACAAGCGGUCAUCAAUCUAGGCCGCAGGAAGUCACCAUUCAGGAUUCAAGUAGAAGCAGAUGCCACAGACGGCGAUUCCGUUGCUAUUGACGACAUCACUUUUGAGAACUGCCAACUGGACCAGAGUUAUCCUUGUGAGGUUGUCUGCCCGAACAAAAUCUGCAUCCCUGAGUCUCGCUUGUGCGAUUACUCAGACGAUUGUGGGGACGGCUUUGAUGAACAAAACUGCGAUGCCUACGUAGAAAGAUGUGAUUUCGAGUCUGGAAUGUGUAACUACAAACAGUCCACAACAGAUGAUCUUGACUGGGUGUUGGACAAAGGAACCCAGACCGGGUUCCCUGAUCACACCACUAACACCCUACAAGGUAUAAGGAUAGAUGAUCUUGACUGGGUGUUGGACAAAGGAACCCAGACUGGGUUCCCUGAUCACACCACUAACACCCUACAAGGAAGCUUUGCUUACGUUGCUGAUAAGGUGGAUGGUAAGCUGGCUCAGCUCAACAGUGUAGUUUUCAUGAAGCCACCAAUAGAUGGAUCUUGCAUUGUGCGAUUCUGGUACAGGAUGUACGGAAAGGGAGUCAACAUGUUGAAGGUUCGAGCCCGUUUCUCAACUCUGGACGAACCGACAACGGUCUUCAAAGUAGAAGAAGUUACUCAAGAUGGAUGGAUACGAGCGGAGCAGGACAUCAAGAUAGGAGCCAAAUUCCAGGCUGUAUUUGAGGUGACCUCGUCCAGUACAGUGCCUCCUGGUGAGAACAUUGCCAUUGAUGACAUCUCCUUCACUAAGGCUUGCCGAGUUGACCCAACAAACUCUCUCCCUGAUCAUGCAGUACCAACAACUCAUCCUGACUGUGAAGAGAACCAAUUCCGAUGUGACAACGGAGCCUGUAUAGGUCAUGACCUUUACUGUAACUUCGUUCAUGACUGCACGGAUGGGUCGGAUGAAAAAGAUUGUUCGGCUGUUUGUAACUUUGAGGAUCAAACAUCAUGCAGUUGGAGACAGUUCGGUGACGUCAGCUUGAAGUUCCACAAUGAGAGUCAAUCCAGUGACUUUGGUGGACCUGUCAACGACCACACAGCGCUCAACAGACCAGGUGUCUACAUGUACAUUGACGGCACCAUCUCACAGAAAACCCAGAAGGCCAAGAUGGUUUCGGAGACCUACCAUCUCGCCGGCACGGGCUGCAAGUUCCGAAUGUACUACUACAUGUUCGGACCAAAGUAUGGCGAGAUUUCAAUCUCGAUCAAGUAUGGCUUGACGCAACGUCUGCUCUCCAAACUGUCUGAUAAUGUCGGUCAGUACAAUAAUUGGAAUCUACAGCAGGCGGACAUUCCAAGUUGCCUCAACGACUUCCAGGUACUCCUUGAGUUUGAAGACACUUCCGACACCCCACAGUCCGGUUUUGCCAUCGACGAUCUCCGCUUUGAUAACUGUGGAUACGAGUUAUCAUUCUUAGAUUCCUGCCCACCUCAGCAUGAAAAAUGUACCUCUAACCACUGCUAUCCGUCAUCAGCAAAAUGUGAUUUCCAAAAUGAUUGCUGCGACGGAUCGGACGAGGCAGAUAAUGUUUGUGGUGAAUACACACGCUGCAAUUUUGAUCAGGGCUUCUGCAACUGGGAACAAAUGUCGUCUGGAUUGAUCGACUGGAAGAGACCGACGACAAAACCAGCCGGAUGGACUGGGCCGGACGGUGACCACACCACAGGAUCAUGGACUGGUUCUUUUAUCUACAUGGGAUAUGAUCCUUCAUCAAAUCGCAGACGCAGUGCUCAGAUCAAUAGUGUGGCCAUGCAGACAACAAAAGCAUGCACGAUGCGAUUCUUCUACCACAUGAAGGGAGAUAAGAUCGGGAGUAUCGUUGUUUAUACCAGGACGGCUGUCAAUGGAGACCUAACACCACAGCUGACCAUCAGAGGAGAGAAUCUAGAGUGGUGGAAGAAAGCUUCCCUCUCGUUACUCAUCACCGGAAAACCUUUCCAGGUUGUUCUGAGUGCAACUACAAAUGGAGGAGUAACGUCUGGUGACAUUGCUGUGGAUGAUAUUACCUUCACACCGGAGUGUCAGAUCUAUACAGGCGGAGACUUCCCUGUUGUAGGAACCACUUCAGCUCCAAUGACAACCACACCAGUGCCCAAUGACUGCCCACCGGAGAUGCCCUUCCAGUGCACCAAGGGAACGACGCCUCAAUGUCUGCCGAUGGAACAAGUCUGCGAUUUCAAAUCUCAGUGCCACAAUGGCUUGGACGAGAAGAACUGCCCUGAGCAAUGUACCUUCGAAGCUGAUUGGUGCGGCUUCAAGGAAACAGCUUUGAAUAACUUUGAUUGGACGAGAUCAAACGGAGACAUGACUGCGUCGACACCGAACCUUGCCCCAAGGAAGGACCACUCAGAAGGCACCUCAGCUGGUUUUUAUUUGUUUAUUGCCCCGUCUGGCUUCGCCACCUUGGAGCAGAGAGCCAUCUUGGUCAGCCCUGUUUAUGCCGUUGCCUCGGCAACCUGCAUCCUGAACAUGUGGUUUGUGUUCAGCGGGAGUAAAGUUGGCGACAUGUCAAUGUAUUUGAUUAACAUGAUGGACAAGACAGAGACGAUGAUGUGGCAGAUUGGAGGUGAUCAGGGUGCCGGAUGGAAACUGCAGACUAUAAGCAUUGGACGACGCAGGGAUCCAUACCAGCUUCAACUGUACAAGGGAAGAAAUGCCGACUACAACGGGAAGAUAGCUCUGGACGAUCUGACCUUCCAAGACUGUGCCCUGCCUCCUAUUACAGACUCUUGCCCUCCUUCUAAGUUCAGAUGUACAAACCGUGCCUGCAUUGAUCAGACGUACAAGUGUGACUUGAUGGAUCAUUGUGGAGACAACUCGGAUGAAACCUCAUGCAGCGGCUACAAUUUAUGUGAUUUUGAGAGCGGCACGUGUGAUUGGACUCAAGAUCAAAGUUCCUACAUCAUCCAAUGGAAGAGAAACAAGGGGUCUAUUGAUAGCAGCAAGUCUGGACCAAGUAGGGAUCACACGCUGGGAACUGGUGAAGGUUACUACCUGUAUGCUGAUUCCAGUCCGGUUAAUUUCGGCAAGAGCGCCUACCUUGUCAGUCCAAAGUUUGCCACCACACAAAACAGCGAUUGCAAGGUCCGAUUCUACUAUCACAUGUUUGGGGAUGACAUCAAAGACCUGAACGUCUUGAUACGCCAGUACAAGAACAGCAAUUACAAAGCAACGAGUCUCUGGUCCAAGGCUGGAGGGCAGAAUGAUGCAUGGAACAGGGCGGAAGUUACUCUUACAUCAACUGCUCCGUUCCAGAUUGGUAUCCAAGCAACCAUCGGUAACGGCGCCGAGGGCAACAUUGCCAUCGAUGACGUCAGCAUCACCCCAGGCUGUCAAUCAUUCAGCGGGAACCUGCCAUCGCCCCCGGUUACAGCCCCACCCCCUACUGGUCAACCGACGUGCGAUUCGGAUAAGUUCCUCUGCAGUGCUGAUAUGACUUGCAUUCCGAUGUAUGACAAAUGUGACUUCAAGUCGGACUGUAGUGACGGGGAAGAUGAGAAGGAUUGUGUGACAUCAGCGUGUAGUUUUGAGACCGGUACCUGCCAUUGGUCACUCUUCGGUGAGAGCUACUCGUGGGUCUUACAGAAGGCUUCUGAGGCGACAGAGACCUACAUGCCAACUGUGGAUCACAGCACAGGCUCAAGCACUGGAUCCUACCUGACCACCUUGAGUAAAACAGAGGCCGGCGGGGUCGCUACCAUUUCCACAACAGCAUUAUCACAGACGGUAGCAAGCUGUGAGCUUAGCUUCUGGUACUACAUGUAUGGACCAUCGGUGGGUUCGCUCAGUGUCUUCAAAGUUGGGUCUAACGGAAAGGAGCUGGUGAAGUACCUGAGUGGAGCUAAUGUACCAAAGUGGGAUAAGGCGGAGAUGAUGCUGGGUGCUGGUACUAACUAUCAGGUUGUCAUCGAGGCAAAGCGAGCAGCGACCUACCAGGGUGGUAUCUCUCUAGACGACAUUGCCUUCUACUCAUGCAACAUGCCGGAACCUUCUGGUGCGGCGUGUCGUAGCGAUGAAUUCACCUGCAAGAAUCAAGCCUGUAUCAGCAUAGACAGCAAGUGCAACUUUGUGGACGAUUGUGGGGAUGGGUCGGACGAACAGUCAUGUGAUACCGUCCUGAGCUGUAACUUUGACACCAAUCUGUGUAAAUGGCAUCAGGAAUAUGGCGAUGAUUUUGAUUGGUCAUUGAGAGCUGGCACUCCAGCCGGUAAUGGAAUUGGACCAAUCAAGGACCAUACACAGAAACCGAACGGUGACGGGCUACCUACAGGAAACUAUCUCUACAUUGACUCCUCAUGGCCAAGGAAGGCAGGCAGUGUUGCGAGACUUGGAAGUCCACCUAUCAGCAAGAACAGUGCUGCUAAUUGCAAGGUUGGAUUCUGGUACUUCUUCUCUGGUCAAGCUGACCAGACCAUCGUACUGAUCGUCAAGAAGCGAACCUCGUACAUCCUUAAUGACUUGACUGAGUUCAGCUCAGUUAGGUUCACUGGUAAUGGGUUAUGGAGGCAUCAAGAGUCGGCCGUUCCGCUUAUUGGCAAAGAUAUGGAGGUCGUGUUGGAGGUAGCUGUGGGAAGCGGGGCGACCAAUCAGAUUGCAAUUGAUGACGUAUCUUUCUCGGAUGGAUGCAAAUUGGGAGAUCACCUUCCAGGUGAAGCAGCCCACGGGGAUUCCAACAAUCACUGUCCAAACGAGCAGUUGAGCUGCCUCACUGGGGAUCGAUGCUACUCAAAGGAAGACCAAUGCAAUAUGAGAGACACAUGUGGGGAAGAGAUUCUCUGUGGUACCACCUGUUACUUCAGUGAUGUAACAGCCGGGGCUUGUGGAUGGUUCAACUCCUACUCAAGCAGUCUCAAGUGGCUACUAGGUAAACCUUCCUCACCACCAGCGGAUUCCACUGGUGCACAAGGUAAAUUUAUGUACAUCAGUAAGCUGCCAUCGUUCGGCGGUUCCGGCAUGGCCUACCUAUCCACCCUCUCUUACAUCAAAGCCAGCAGUGCCUGCGACUUGGAUUUCAAGUUCUACUUGGACGGUAACUCUGGCAACAAACUGAGUGUCCUCAUAAAAACAAACACAGGAAAGUUUGAAGAGAUUUGGUCAAGCUCAACCCAGAAAGCAAGCUGGCAGACGGGAACAGCCAAGAUCGGGGGCCGAGAUCAUUUCUCCAUCGUCUUUAAGGCAUGGCUUGGAUCAAGCGUUGGAACCAUCGCUGUUGAUAACAUUGAGUUCCCACCUGAGCAAUGUGGAGCACUUGAUGGCUCCAAACCCCAAUGCAAGUCUCAUGAGUUUCAAUGUGCGGAUGGAAGGCAAUGUAUCAGCAACGAUAAACUCUGCAAUAAGAACAACGAUUGUCUCGACCAAUCAGACGAGACAUCAUGCAGCAACUAUGGACAGUGCACCUUUGAUGAGAAUCUUUGCAACUGGUCCCAGAUGACGGAUGAUGACUUUGACUGGCAGCGGUCCACAACUUCCAUGCUCUCGCUCUCUGCGACUGGACCAAGCUCAGAUCACAGUGGAAGCGGUCAGUUCCUAAUGAUCCAGGCGUCUGGCCAAAACCCAGCUGACUUAGCUCGUAUCGUCACAUCAACGGAGUACCCAGCCAACACCAAGGGGUCAUGUCAAGUACGCUUCUGGUAUACACUGAGUGGCGCUAAGGUUGGAUCCCUUAAGGUUUACACUAAAUCCAGCAGAGAUGGUCAGGCUACCAAUGUCUGGCAGAGUACCGGUGACCAGGGCACUACGUGGAAGUAUGCAACCGUCUCUGUCGCGAGCCCGUAUACCUUCAAGGUGAUGUUUGAGGGCGCUGUUGGGGAUGAUAAACCAUCUGUCGUUGCCAUCGAUGAUGUGACAUUUUCACCCUCUUGUGCUAAACCAGGUUCAGUGACCCCUGCCCCCUCCCUCGGUCCCUGCGGAGUGAACGAUGGGAGCUACACCUUCUGCGUUGGUGACCGUGUAUGUAUACCUUCAGCGUGGGUUUGCGAUGGACAUGUCGACUGCCCGACGGACGGGUUUGAUGAGUCUCGGACUCUCAGUGGCUGCACGAAUAAAACCACAUUCUUCCCCGGAACUAGAGCACCAAACGUCUCCAUGAAAAACCUGAAUAUUGUAAUCAUCAUCAGCGUUAUCGGCGGAGCCUUGGUCAUGGUUCUUUUUAUCAUCAUUGGCUACCUCUACAGUAAGAGAGUACAACAAACAAAGCGUUUCGGAGCUUUAACCGCAGAAAGUGGAAUGUCAAAUCCAGUAUACUCUGAUGGCUUUGGUGACACCGCGCUCACUGAUUUUACAGCUAGUGGGUACGAUACCGGGAUGUUCUCGGGUGAGCUCAAAUCAAGUGAAGGGAAAAAGAAAGAGAAAAGAAAGAUCAGCUCAAUUGAAAAUCCCUUGUACGGGACACAACCAGCGUCUCUACCACUAGACAAUGAGGCUGAAGCAUAACCAACAAUAACCAGCAACUAACCAGCAACCAGCUAGUGACCAGCUACUAACCUGUAACCAGCAACUAACUGGUUUAUUUAACCUUAACUAUGUCAUCAAACUGGACUCAGUUUGAUAGAGUUACUAAUAAAGCACGGAACAUUUUCUUGCGAGAUUUGAUUAUUUUCUUGCUGCUUGCCUGAUGACAAGCUCGAUUUCCUUUUAUAUUAAUAAUCUAUGACAAUGGGCUACAAGAACCAAACGGAUGACCUUACCUAGGUGGUAGCAAACUUGCCAGGUAGCAUAAAUCCGUUCUCGGAAGCAUCGAAUAUCUGCUGGCACAAUGUGUUCCAAAGACUUCCCCUGCGGUGUCCAUUGGUCCACCAUGUAAAAUACCCCACAAGGCCACUCACUCUCGCAAACUUUCUUUUGUUUUCGCUGAAAACUCACAACAGCUUUGUCAAACUGGGCCCAAAGCUGAAGAAGUAUAAACAAGUAAAGUAUGCAACAUUUUGGUGUAGAAUAGUUUAAGAAUUUCCUCUAUAAACACUUGUUUAAGUAAAGGUUUUGUUUACGUUAAAUCGUUCAGUUUUUUAUUAAUCGCAUUUUCAUUUUCUUUCAAGGUAAAACUUUGGAAAAUAAACAUAAACAAUAUAAGACAACAAAAAAAACUAUAAAAAAAACCCUUAAACUUAAAGGUAUGUAAAUGCAAAUUAUCAACAGUAAUCAAGAAAAUCUUUAUUAUUGGUGAGUUUUGAUUUUUGAGGAUUUGGGAAUUUGUUUCAAUAAUUUCAAAUGAAUUAUUUUGCUAUAAAAGUGCCCUGUAGCUGUUGACCACUCUAAAGCCACAUUUCCAAGGGGACUACUAUUACUUUUAUAACAGUAUUUUACUCAUAAUUCUUGAGAAAGAAAAAAAGAGACAUUUGUAUAUCUAUGAUAUUUAAAUGACUAAGCAAUUGUGUUUUCCGUUUCUUUUCUGUGUCAAAUGUAAAUGCAUUUAACAAAAGUUUUCUCUUAAGGUUACCGUGUAUGUUUGAUGAAUGAUUGGUUAAUUAUAAAUGAUUGGUUAAUUAUAUCUAGGUAUAUUUGAAGUAAAGUUUUUUAAAUGUCAGACAGCCCACGUGGCCCGUCUGACUAAGUCCAUUUUAAUCCCUACAUAUUUGUUUGUCUAAACCUGUACUACACAUCUCAAAACCUGUGUGUUUAACUUGGUCUUAUAAACUCUGAAAUAUUCUGAAAUAAUAAUUCCGAAACAAUUAUUCUGAAAUUAAUGUCCUGAAAUAAACGAGGCUGUAAAGGCCGAUGUAAAAGCCUGUUGAUAUAUACAUUUGUUUUCACAGGAACCGGGAAAGUGCAGGGCCCAAUAAUAUAGAGCUGCUAAGUAUAACAAUUUGCUUAGCAUGAAAUUUCUGCCGCCGAGUCGAUAAAAACAGGAUUACCAACCAAACUUCCACAUGAUGUUCAGGACAUGAACACACCAUCCGAAUACCAGUACAUGUAACAAGCAAUAUGCAACAAAUGAAAAUCUGGUUACCGUGUUUUGAUCAAGGAAGAAACUUCAUGCUAAGCAAAUUGUUGUGCUUAGCAAAUAAUAUUCUUUAUUCCUCAUGCAAAUUUACCAUCUAUUAAAUGGAGCUGUGUUCUCGAGUGAGGAUCUGUUUGUGUUGAUCUGUUUUAUUACAAGUCAAUUUGUUUUGAUUCGGUAUGAGCAAUAAAAUU